GCUUAUCACUGCAACGAAUGCAAUUUCCACUGACUUAAUUGUAUUUUGCUUGUAUUAAAGUAGCAAAUCGAUGUUUAUUCUAAUGGGUGGAAAGAAGAUAGAUAGGACGAUGGUAAAGAUAUUUUAUCUGUUUCUCGCUGUGGUUACUGUGUUUUUGUUCAGUUGGUUUAUAUCUGCUAUAAAGCUAGAAGAAGAUGUGAUUUUGUCAGACGAAGCCGACUCAGAGGAAUUCGUGAACGAUUCGCUGCCGAUAGGCUUCGUAGAGGCAGAUUUAUUUUAUAAACUAAAAAAUGAUCUGGAGAAAAUUAUCGGUCAAGUUCCGUUACACUCCGACAUUGGGCACCUUUUAAAUCAAGAGGACGUAUUCAAACAUCUAAAACCCUAUCUGAUGAAACUAAGCGAAAAACAAAGGACAACGUUCAAACAAGAAGUACAACAAAUUUUAGAAAAAGCACGAGUCCUACUUUCGUAAGAAGAGAGUGCUUGUGAUAGUAAAUCAUGUAAACUUAACCGCAAAAGUUAUGCACCACCAAAUAUUCAUCAUUCAGCCUAUACUUGCCCACUGCUGGACGUAGGCCUCCCGUAGUUGACCCCACAAAUCCCCACCAAAAACUAUACUCACUUUAAAAUUAAUUUUUUCGUGAAUGGAUUAAAGCCUUACGCUAUUUUUUUAUUUCAGAUUUUUUUUUGUAUUUUCAUAGUUGCGCAAAUGUUUACUCAAACUUGUUUUUGAGCUUAUACCGGGCAUAGUCCUGUCGCCAGUGGGGGUACAACGGCCCCCUUAAUUCAGAUGGACUUACCCAAGUUUUUUUUUAAGUAUUUUGACCAGUAGAACACGAAUUUUUUGGGUAACAGUCGAUCCGGAUGUCGAUAAGGUUGUUAUAAACAAAGAACUUGAGGAAUCACAUAACAGCGAUUUUUCGCAAAACAAAACAUUUUUUUGUAUUUUUUGGGUCAUUCUAAGCAAAAAAUGUUUUUGUAGUCCAAGUAAUGAAGCUUAAAAUAGGUCAAAACCUCGCAAUUUUUACAGGAUUUAUCGAUUUGCUUGAAAAUUUGAGAAUAAGUAGUGGAUAGUCCAAGGAUCAAAAUCUAUAUGAGGCCGAAAGGCGCUUUAACCAUGGGGGUGGUUGCUACCCCAUGUCGGGGGUGGAAAGUUUUUAUUUUAUUUUGACCGCCAAAGUUGUUAAAAACAUUCAUUCUAAGCAAAAAACGUUCUAUACAUUUUUUUGAUAAAAUUAAUAGUUUUCGAUUUAUUUGCUAUCGAAAGUCUUAGUUUUAUAGCGAAAAAAUCAAUGUUUUUAAUCAGUUUUCUGCUAAUAACUCAAAAAGUUUUCGUUUUAUCAAAAGAACUUUGCUUAACAAAAAUGUACCUUUAAAAAAUAUAAACAAAACGGUUCUUUUUAUUUUCUUUAAGAACAAUAGUAAUCGAGCUAUACUUAAUUAUAUGUUAGCUCUUCUUCGUCAAAUGCUAAAUAUUGUAUUUUCAAAGUCAAAAGACGAGAAAACUAUGCAUUUUAUCGAGGAUAACUUGUUUAAACUAAUUUAAAGUGUUUAAAAAUAUCUAUCUCCUGAAAUAAAAAAGUAGUCUCUAGCUCAAAGAUUAAGUGACUUAUAAUAAAAAGAAUGUCAGUCCCUAUUUUUUUCAGCGAAAAAGUGAUCGGAGACUUCACCCUACUCACCACCCUAAUUAAAAUUAGUUAUUGCCCUUAUUUGGUCUUCUUUAUUUAUGUAUUAUUAAUAGGUUCUAGAGGUUUGACCGGCUUAUAAUAAUUAGUUUUUAAAAAAAUGGAGUUAAAAGCGAAUAAGGUAUUUUUGUAGUUUGGCAAAAAAUGCCAUUUUCUUCAUAAUGGAAAGAUUCAUAUCAGAGAUACGAAAAAAUAUUUAAAUAUAGAAUUGUAGAUUAUGUAAUUUCCAAGAGAAAGGUGUGUAAAAAAUUUUUAUACGGUAAAAAUUGAGUGAGCUAUUGACAAUUAAAACUUAUAAUAACAUGCAAAAAUCACCUUUACCAACCCUUUCAAAGUCACCUCUUUUUGCGACUGAGGAUUUUAAAAAGAUUUAUUAUUAAUAUCCUUAUAGACCUUAUAAAAACCAACAAAAUUCUUUUUUAACCAACGUUCUAGAAUAAAAAAUAAAAAAGCUACGAUUAAAAAAUUAAUAUAUUUUUUGAAAAAAAAAGGAGAAUUCCAAUUGGAAGCAUAAUAAUGUAAGUUAGCGAUGUUUUUAGUCACUGGCCUUAUCUAUUCUUCUUUAUUUAUGCAUUAUUAAUAGAUUCCAGAAGUUUGACUGGCUUAGAAUGAUAAGUUUUUAAAAAACUGGAGUUAAAAACGAAUAACGAAUUUUUGUAGUUUUGUAAAAAACUCCAUUUCCUUCAUAAUAGAAAGAUUAGCAUCAGAGAUACGAAAAAAUGUUUAAAUGUGAAAUUGUAGGUUAUUUAAUUCUUGAGAAUUUGGUUUAAAAACUUUUUAAAAACAAAAAUUGAGUGAGUCGUAAAUGAGUAUAUUAUCGAAAAACAUUGAUUUCUUUAGAUAUAAAACUAACACUUUCGAUAGCGAAUAAAUCGAAAACUAUUAAUUCUAUCAAAAAAAUGUAUAGAACAUUUUUUGCUUAAAAUGAAUGUUUUUAUCAAUUUUUGCGGUCAAAAUAUAAUAAAAAACUUCCACCCCCUAGAUGGGGUGGCAACCACCCCCAUGGUAAAAGCGCCUUUUGGCAUCAUAUAGAUUUUGAUCCUUGGACCAUCCACUACUUAUUUUCAGAUUUUCAAGCAAAUCGAUCCAUUCUGUAAAAAUUGCGAGGUGAAAAGCUUCAAUUCCUGGACUAUUACAAGUUUUUUCGUAGGAUGCAUAAUUUUUGACAUAAACGCGGUUGAACUUUCAAAAAAUCUAAAAAUUGCAAUUUUUGAUCCCGAAUAACUUUUGAUUGAAAAAUAAAAUAGCAAUUCUGCUUCCGCAUUUGAAAGUUAAAGUCAAAAUCUAUCGGUUUUGAUUACUUUCAUUGCUAAAAAUUAAUUUUUUUAUUGUUAAAGAAAUAUAUAAACACAUAGUGAUUAAAUGAUGUUUUCAAUGCAUUUCUCAUUUGAAAUCGAACGAGUAGGCGCGUAUACAGACAAUUUCUACGUAGAUUACCUACAUUAAAACGCAUGCAUUGGGCACGGAAAACACUAUGUGUUUAUGGCUUUGUUUAACAAAUAAAAACUUAAUUUUUAGCAAUGCAAAUAAUCAAAACCGAUAGAAUUUGACUUAAACUUUCAAAAAUGCAGUAAGCAGAAUUGCUAUUUUAUUUUUUAAUCAAAAGUUAUUCGGGUUCAAAAAUUGCAUUUUUUCGAUUUUUUGAAACUUCAGCCGCGUUUAUCUCGAAAACUGUGCAUCCUACGAAAAAACUUGUAAGAACAUGUUUUACUGAGAAUCAACCAAAAAAUACAAAAAAAAUGUUUUGUUUUGAGAAAAAUCGCUGUUAUGUAAUUCCUCAAGUUCUUUGUUUAUAACAAUCUUAUCGACAGCUGGAUCAACUGUUACCCACAAAAUUCGUGUUCUACGGGUCAAAAUACAUAAAAAGAUCUUGGGUAAGUCCAUCUGAAUUAAGGAGGCCCCCUGGCGACAGGACUAGCAGAAGAAACAAAAUAUUUUUUUUUUAGUUAAGUUUGAGCCACCCUGUAGGGAGAACAAGGUACUACAGAGGUGAGUUUACAUCAAAAUCGUGUUGUAGUCUAUGUUUUGUGAAUAUUUUGAUUUUUUAAUUCCUCUGAUAUCUUUAAAAACAAAGAAAAUAUACUGUCUUAUUCUUUAACAUGCGUUUGAAACAAUACUAAAUUAAUCAAAACAAUUCUGAUCGACGCUUAUAAGAGUUAUUUGUCGACCAGGUGAAAGGUAUGUAUACAGCGCAACAUGAGAGAGACGAGAUUGUUUAAUGGAGGCUCUGUGAUGUUUUACGGUAGAAUUUCCUCGACAGCAAAAAUGGAUUUGAUGUCGUUACAAAAUAUUUCUUCUUCUUCUUUUAAUGGCGCUACAACCCUUUGUGAGUCUUGGAUUGCUUAACAAUGUACUUCCAUUCUACCCUGUCGGAUACUUUCCUUCGGCAUUGCCUGAUGUUCAUGGUUUUAAGAUCUCCCUCUACGUCGUCUAUCCAUCUUUUACGGGACCUUCCUCUUUUUCUAUUUCCUUGAGGCUUCCAUAUCUGGAUUACUUUUAUAGCUCGAUUAUCUGGAAUUAUUUCUAAGUGACCAAGCCAGUUUAGUCUUUGUGACUUUACAAAUCUAAUAAUAUCUGUGCUCUGCAUUAGUUCAUCCAGCUCGUGGUUCAUUUUAAUUAUCCACGAACCAUCGCUGCAGUGGGUUGGUCCAAAUAUCUUGCUUAGUAUUUUGCGCUCAAAUAUUUUCAGUUGAUUUUUAUUAGUGGUUUAGAGGGUCCACAAUUCACAUUCAUAUGAGACCACUGGUCUAAUUACUGUUUUGUAGAUUCUAAGCUUAGACCCACAAUUCAGUAACUUACUUUUCAUUAAGUGUUUGUGUACAUAAAAGCACUUAUUAUUCUUAUUACCGAUUACCGCUAACAAUCCUUGCUUGUAUUUAUUGACUGGUGAUUUUGUCGUUUAGUAUUGAGCCUAGGUAGGGAGAAGUGGAAGCAUAUUCCUGGGUAUGGUUGUCUACCUUCAAAUUUUUCAUGUUGAUUCGACUUGAUGCACUCCAUAUAAUAAUUUGUUUUAUUUUCAUUUAUAUAUAGACCAAAUGUACUAGCUUCCCAUUUCAGCUCUAUAGUUUUUUUCGCUUAAUACCCUCUUGUUGCGGCUUAUUAUGGCAAUAUCAUCCACAUAUGCGCAUAUUUGCAUAGAUCUUGUAUUAAUACAGCCGUUCCUAUCCAAUUUUCUAACAGCUUUUAAAGUUAGAUUAAAAGUGUUGUUGAUAAGGCAUCAAUUACACAAUAUUUAAGUGAGGUAAAUAUUCAAAUAUUGAAUUGGCCCCUUAAUGAAUCCUAUUGAUCACUUAUGGGAUAGUGUAGGUAGACAAUAAGAAUUCUAUCAGUCUUUCUUGCUUCUCUAUAAGGUAUAGAAACGAUGGUUAUUGCUAUCUGCAACUCCAUAGUCCAAAAUCAUACGGUCUGCUUCCAGCAUGCUUAGGCGAUGUGAAGCUGCUAUUUGAAUUAGAGGGAUAACACACGAUAUUAGUUUUGUUAACUGUCGUUAUUUGUUAUUGUUAAUUUAGUAUUGCUUCAGUUACAACACAUGUUAAAGAAUGAAACCGUCUAUUUUCUUUGUUUUUAAAGAUAUCAGGGAUAUUCAAAAAACAAAAUGUUCACAAAACAUAAGACUACAAAAAAAUGUUGAUGUAUAUCCACCCUUGUACCUUGUCCCUCUUACAGGGUGUCUCAAACUUAGCGUAAGAAAAAAAAAUUUUCUCCCACCCGGCGUAAGCUCGAAAAAGAAAUUCGAGUAAACAUUUGCCCAACGUUGUAAAUAUCAAAGAAAAACCCAACAUUAUAAGAAAAAUUAGCGGAAUGCGGUAAUUCGUUCACGAGAAAAUCAACCAUGAAAAUGAGCAUUACUUUUGGUGGUGCAAUACUUUUGUGGUUAAGUUUAUCUCGAUAAGUAAAUAGAAAGUCCUAUGUUUGAGUUAAGUGGUGAAGUAGUGUGGUAAAAUAAAAAGUUAUUCUUAAUAUUAA